AUGAACAACCAGCGUGUCAUUUCCUGCGAGACUCCUGCUCACGACCACGUCGAGCGCUGCGGCUAUCUGUUUGGAUGGCCCAUCAACCACUCAAUGUCACCUUUGAUGCACAAGACCAUCUUCGGCGAGAUUGGGUCAAAUUNUUUUGGAUCUGACUUGUAUGCAAUCAAAGGCGCCGCCGUUACCAUGCCUCACAAAGUGGCCAUUAUGAAGCAUGUUGACGAGCUCACACAAGAAGGUCGUGAAGUCGGCGCUGUCAACACAUUAUACUUGCGCAAGAAUGGUGAUAAGACAAUCCUCGUCGGCACAAACACAGACGUUAUUGGUAUUCGUGAGGCCUUUUACCAAAACAUCUCGAACCCGGAUGAUGUCUUCCAUGGCAAGCCUGGUGUGGUCAUUGGAGGUGGCGGUGCUGCCCGUAGUGCUGUCUAUGCACUGAAGAAAUUCAUGAAGUGCAGCAAGGUGUACAUUGUCAACCGUGACAAAUCUGAGGUGGAUGCUGUGGUAUCAUGGUGUACGGAACAGGGCUAUGGUGAUGGCGUUAUGCACGCUGCGACUGUUGAACAAGCACAGGAACUCGAAGGACCUGGCGCCAUAGUCUCUUGCGUACCCGACUUCCCUCCUAUUACGGAAGCUGAGAAGACCGCUCGCCAAGUCAUGGAAGUGUUCUUGGGAAAACCCCACAAGGGUGCCAUCCUGGAGAUGUGUUACCACCCGAAGACUUGGACCCAGAUUGCUGAGAUCUCUCAAAAUGCUGGCUGGAACGUUAUUUUGGGUACAGAAGCCAUGAUUUAUCAAGGUUUGGAGCAAUCGAUGUACUGGACUGGGAAGACUUUGGACCAGCUGCCAGUUGCAAAGGUCAAGGAGGUCAUUGCAGCGCAGUUGCAGCAAGGCCAUUGA